UCAGUGCUGCGUUCACUGGGAGGUAGGCAGCACUUCCUGUCUGAGCUCAGUUUGACUUUGACUUCAUUACAGAUACUAACCGCUGACACACACUUCCACUUGAGGGGGGAACACAUUUGAAGGACUUAAGAGUUUCCACAGAGGAGUAAGAAUGCCGAGAGAUGAAGUCUUCACUAGUUGGUCGCUAUGAGCGCAUAUGGACGUUGACAAGCUGCUUUCGUGGAUUGACUCAGUGACUUCUUUUUCAGUAGCGGUGUCUUCUUAGUUGAUGUAAAUUAAAACAGUGGAUUAUUAUUAUUAUUAUUGCAUCGAUGGUUCUUGCAGGUGCACUGGUAUUUGGAGUUGAAUGAGGAUAUUGUGCUUUUUUUCUUCUUGAGAGGCGGAUUAAUCUUUGGGAUAAAAAACCCAACAGAAAACUCAUUGGAAUCCACAUCCUUUAUUCUUGCGUGAACAUGAAGUCCCUCACUGCGUGGAUGUGCAUCUGCAGCUUUUUUCUGCUCUUAGAUGAAAUGGCCUGUUCGUGGGACGGUUCCUCGGCUUUGUCCGUGGUGCCCUUGGCGGAUGGCAACCCCGGGUCCGAAGGCGCUCCAUCGGAAUGGGUGGACUGCAUCCAGGCGAGUGACAUGUGCAACCAGAACCCUCACUGCAGCUCUCGGUACCGCGUGAUGCGGCAGUGCCUUGUGGGUAAGGAGAAGGAAGCCAUGCUGGACAACAACAGGGAGUGCCAAGCGGCCUUGGAGGUGCUGCUGGUCAGUCCACUGUACGACUGCCGCUGCAAGAGAGGCAUGAAGAAGGAGCUGCAGUGUCUUCAGAACUACUGGACCAUCCACAUGGGACUCACUGAAGGUGGAGACAUGGAUGACUCAUCCCCAUAUGAACCAGUUCCACCCGGCCGACACCAGGAUGCUUUCCGCUUGGCCUCCAUCUCUUCAGGGAUGCUCACAGUGGCCCCAAAAGGAUUCCAGUGUGCCGACGCUGAGAGAACCUGCAAUCCCUGCCUGGAUGCGGCCAAAGCCUGCAAUCUGAACAGCACCUGCAAAAGGCACCGCUCUGCUUACAUCGCCACCUGCAGCAAGGAGGACCCCAACAAAGGGGAAACCUGUAGCAAGAAGCGCUGCCACAAAGCGCUCAGGCUAUUCCUGGACCGUGUGCCCACUGAGUUCAGCCACCGCCUGCUCUUCUGCCCCUGUCAGACCGAGGGCUGCGCCGAGCGUCGACGCCAGACCAUCGUACCCGAUUGCUCCUACAAAGAAAAAGAUAAACCCAACUGUCUGGAGCUGAGGAAGGUCUGCCGCCAGGACUCGCUCUGCAGGUCCAGGCUGGCUGAUUUCAUGGCAAACUGCCGCAGCAUCCCGCCCACGGUGAGCACCUGUCCCAACCAAGACAAUCACCAAGCCUGCUUGGCCUCCUACACAAAGCUCAUCGGCACGGAGAUGACACCCAACUAUGUGGACAGUAGCUUCAGCCAUUGGACCAUCUCUCCGUGGUGUACUUGUAAAGGCAGCGGAAACCAGGAAGAGGAGUGUGGGAACUUCCUAAGGAGCUUUACUGACAACACUUGUCUGAGAAACGCCAUCCAGGCCUUUGGUUAUGGUCUGGACUACAUGACGAGCAAGAACGCGUCUGCCCUCGAUCCCUCGGCCACGAUGAAGAUGGGGUCAGAUAGGUUGGCAGCAACCUCCGAGCCCCCAUUUGUGACCAUUGUGAAGUAUCCCGAACCCAGAGACGGUGGCCCUGGCAAAACUCAGGGCCUGCCAGAGGAUCACUGCGUCUGUGUGCGUGCCAACGUCUGGGCUCUGCUUCCCGGCCUGGUUUUGGCUCUGCUCCUGGCUCAACAUGCCUUAUAGAAGUGCCAGAGGGGGAAAGAGGUCACCCUCCCACAAGCUCAUCCCAAAAGCAGAAGGUGUUAUUUCUCUGACUGAUAUUAAGGAGGCAGAAUCUCUGGACAUUUGAUGUAAAAGCAGGCAUUUACAGAAGAAUGAAAAAAAACCUAAACGUUUGAGUUUGUCAUUCAUUUGAUAUCAUCCUACGACAGAACACUUGGAUGGAACACAUUUACUAAAGGACCCUCACCGCCUUGAGGGCCAACCCCCUCUGACAAAGACUUCAAAAGGGAGGAAUGACAAGAAGGACAUGAAAGUUUAGAAAAGAAACACAUUUCUGCUCUGUAUUUUUGUCUUUGAAUGGCUUCUUGACUUGCGGGGGGCCCAGGGAGAUGAUUACAGUGUGUUUCUUUAUCACUAUUGUAAACUCUAAAUCUGUAAAACUCCGUGUUCUAAGUGUUGGUAUAGUAUCCGUGACCAUAAUCAAUCUACCGUGCGGCUCUAUCAUUUUUUGGGGGGGUGGCAAAAUGUACUUAUGGCGGCAUUGUCAAUGGUUCUUCGGUCAUUCCAGAUGUUGCUGUUGACGCCCUGUGGCUGUGCGCCAUACAUCCACUUCCACAUGUGAAUAUAUCUGUCUCUAUAUGUAUUUAAGGAAAAAAAAAAGAAGAAUUCACUUUCUUUCUUUCAGUCAAAUGAUAUCUGCAGUACCGUCAAACUAUGACGACUCUGUACUGAUGAUGACAUGGAUUUGUUACUUAUGGAAGGCCUUCAUUAGCUGCGUUUAAAUGUGUCUAUAUAAGAAUGAUGGCAAAGAAUGUAUACAGGAAUGAGAUUAAAUGAACUCUGUCUGCUUAGAAAGAAAGUAACUGAGUGUGUGAGUGCUUCUAUGCUGUGUGUGUGUGUGUCGUGUCCUUGUUUAUAUUCCUGAGAAAAUUCUGAAUCAUAAACUACCAUGAGAGCAGUUUGUGAAGCAUUUGUGACCAAGACACACACAAAAAAAGAAGGUGUAAAAAAUAUUUUUAGUGGUCCAUUAUGGUGUUUUGCAAAAAAAAAAAAAAAAGGCCAUGUUAUUAUUACUUUUAUUUAUUUUUCUGAAAGUUUGCUGCAUUGUUUCAACUGUGUGCUAAACUUGCAAAGUAUAGUAUAAAGAAUGGAAACGGCUUGCCUGUUUUUUUCGUGAAGUUGGGAAAAACAAGACAAGCAAUACUGAAGCUCAUUAAUAUUGAACAAAACAUUCUGACAAGAAUUUAGUGAGAUAAUAUACUAGAGGCUCCAGCGCACUCACGACCCUAAUGAGAAGAAGUGGCAUUGGAAAUGAAUGAAUGGAAGGACGAAAAUAUACCACCAGUCACAUAUUUUGUCUCAAUUAUAAUGUUUGUCACAAACAAACAUACAGUACCUAUACAAAUUUUUAAAAAUCUGCUUAUAAAGUUGCUCUGUGAAACUAUGGUGUCAAUAAGCCAAGAAAAGCAUUCAGCCUCCAUGUCUAUCACACAGGUUAACGGUGAGUACGCAUUUUAUUGUUUUCAAUUGUUUUUAUUGUAAUCAUGUAAAGUUAUGUUUUAUUAAACAGCGAUUAGCUUUUUUACAGUUGUGUGAUCGCUCAGAAUGUUACAUAUGAUAAUUACUGGUAUUAUGGCAAUUAUUAUUUGAUUUAUAUUAAUCCCUACAGGAAAAUUGGUUCAAAAUUGGAACAAAUUUGAUGUCAAACAGCACUGUAUUUGACUUUUUGUGGUUUCAAUUGGCGCCCAUGCCAGUGUAUUACACAAACCUCCAGUGCUCCUUUAUUCAUAAAACGUAUUCAUACUAUUCAUAAUGCAAUAUUUAUUCAUUAUUCACAAUACUUUAUUCAGAAUAAUUCACUCUAUCAACACUCUAUCGUAGCUGUUCAAAAAUUAAUUAGUAAAUGAUUGCUUUUUCGUGGUUGACUGUGGCUCUUUAUUAGUCAAAAAUAUUUAAAUACAAGUUAUAUGUUGUAUUCUGGUCACUAGGUGUCAGCAAUUUUGCAUUGAUUGAGAUGUGAAUAUUCUCAUUCAUCCACGUCAUUGUAUUCUCAAUCGAUUGUAACUGGACUGCGUGUGUGCAUGUCGUUAUCCAUUGCAUGUCUGACGUGAAACAAAAGGUCUCCUCCAAUUCCGUGUGGAAGUGGUAAGUUUGACUUAUUACUUUGUCCUUCUUUCCCACUGAUUUUGAAACCUUUUCUUAAGUUUCGAAUAAAUACAUCGGAGGCCAACUAGUUAGCUCGCUGGAUGAGGGACGGCUGUAACUGCACAUGGCCCAAACCUCCCAAAAACUUUUGAACAGAUGAUGCUACCUUGUCAAACAGUGAACUUUAUCACUGUGCUUGCAUGUCCGAGUCAUGCCAGUCUUCUCUGCUGCCAUAAAUAUCCUACUCUUAGAAGACCUACAUAAGACCUAAACUCUUGUAUUUGUUCCAUGAAAUUGUAUUAAUUUAUUCCCAACAGUCUUUUACUUUGGUGUUAGCAUGUCGCUUGGCUGCACAUUUUCAAAAACGGAUUUUGUCCAAUCAUGUUUCAGCUUGACCUUCAAAAGCAAAAGUGCUGGCCCAUGUCACAUCAACACUAUUAGUAUUGGGGCUGUUUGAUUUUAACCAACAAGAUUUCAGAUUUGCCUCACAGGGUCAGCUAGCUGGCCUACAAUAACAUCUGCAUUUUUUAGUUACAGCAAAACUGUUUGCCAAGUUAUACAGCUAGAAUAGGUGCAGAUUCUGGAAGGAUUCUGAAAGAACGCUUUUAGUGC